AUGGAUAAACUUGGGUUAGACUAUUUAACUUGCCAAUUUAAUCGUGAUGUGAAUUCUACAUCGAACACCUAUCAAUGCGAAGCUCCUCUAUCAAAUAACUUAAAUUCGGAUGACCUUCAAACACCCUUAUAUUUGAGACGAUGGAAAAAACGUCAAAGCGAAAAAUUGGAAGCGACUAGAUUUGAAAGUCAACUUCAACAAGAAAAGCAACUAUUGUCUCAUCACCCAUCGAAGUUGGAUCCUAUCCAGAGGACUAAUAAUUUGAAUAACACUACCGAUUCAAGCAUAAUGUCAGAUACCUUAGCAACAAAAAGAGAUACUAAUCAUGCUUCUCUCCAUGUUACCACUUCUACUACGGGUGAUGCUAGCGUCAUUGUUCAGGACGAAAAGACUUUGUUUACUAACAUUCCAUUCACGACUUCCUCUAGUACAGAUAUUAAUAUCUCCAUGGUAGCGACCCGUCCAUCGACAAUAGUUAACGGUGUUAUAUCUCCAGGAAAUUAUAAGAAAAUACUAAUUGAUCGUUUUUUAUUGAGUCAAUCCAAGUCAGAAAGUACUACUGAUGAAACUACUACUUGCUGUGAUGAGAAGGUUGUUUUUCCGCUGCUAGAAAAAGCACACGGAAAUGGUGAUAAGGAAAUCGCAACUAAGACUUCAUUAAAAGGAUGUACAAAUUAUCUUUUGAAUACCGAUGAAAGCGUAAACAAUACAUCUCUUGAACGUAUGAACAGGAGAAAAUCUAUUUCAGGCGUUGUCUGUGCUGAAAUAGAGAAAUGUGAAUCUCUUUUGGACGUGUAUUCCCUGGUAUAUUGGCGAAGACAUUAUGUGAUAAUAUGUGUGAAAGUAUUUUUAAUUCAAUUCAGUUAG